AUGGUGGCCUGUGGCUGCUGGCUGCCUCGAGGAGCAACGAGCUGCCUGGACCUUUACCCUUCUCCUUCCCCCCAGUGGUUGUGUUCUCCAUCCAUGCAGCAGCAGAGGAGGACACUGUGUGGUGACGCAGUAUGUUUCCUGUUCAUCACACCACUGGCCAGCCUGUCAGGAUGGCUGUGUGUUCAGGGAGCCAUGGACCUCUACCUAACCAAUGGCAUAGAGGCCCUAGGGCUCCUGGUCCUCACACUGGCACUAUUUACCAUAUACGUUUUCUGGACCGUGGUAUCUGUGCGCUACCAGAUGCAUCUAUUCAAGACGUGGAAGAAGACCAACCAGAGAGUGCGACUGCAGAUUCCCUUGUCUGGCGACACAACACAUAACCAACAGACCCUGUCCAUAAACACUCUCAGCAAAUCCACCAACAAAGAGACUAUGGUGUAGAUUAUAUUCUAAAAUAUUGAAUAUACCUCAAAUAUAAGGGAAGUGAGUAAUGAAGCUAAAGACACUUCCCAAUCCUGACACAAGAGCUGAGUUGAGGCUGGGGAUGGAAGACCCUUCCAAGAGUUGGAGGACUGUUCCACCAGCCUCUGCAACUUUUUCCCACCAAACGUAUUGUGGAAACUUAGAGCCAGGAACAACUGUGGCAACUGUGGAUGUGUUCCAAAAUUUUUCAUCAUUUUUAUAAUUGCUUGCUGCAAAACAAUGACGUGUUCUGGACUGGACUAUGAUGAUUCUUUUAUUUCCUUAUCCACAUGGAAUUAACUCAAGAUUACCAACUGAUCUGUUUUGUUUUAAUGCACUCACCAAGCACUUUAUUAGGUACACCAUACUAAUACUGGGUAGGACUCCCUUUGCUCUCAAAAUAGCCUCAGCUUUUCGUGGCAUGGUUUCUACAAGAUGUUGGAAACGUUCCUUUGAUAUUCUGGCCCGUGUUGACAUGUUUGCAUCACAUAAUUUCUGAAGAUUUCUUAGCUGCACAUUCAUGCUGCCAAUCUCCCAUUCAACCACAUCCCAUUUGGAUGCGGUUGAACAGAUUUAGAUCUAUUGGAUUCAGAUGUGGUGCCUCAUUUUUAACCGUUACAUAUACACAAAACGGGGCCUGAAAGAGGGUGUACCAUUUUCCAAGCAAAAGUUGGGAUCUAUAAAAACAAACUUGACAGGAGAAUUUGCGCACCUUUAUGGAAACUGUGAUCCACUUGCACACACAUUUUGGAGACAAGGGAAACUGGCGAUGCAUAUGGUGAGGUGGGAAUUGAAGCUGGAUUGUAUAAAUUAAAUGUGAGAGGCAUCAUUAUACGCAGAAUGAUACCUAACAUUUAUUCUCACUUCACAUCACACGUUAUUUAUAGACCCACUUUAUCAUAAAUAUUCAAACCAGCAGUGUUAUUUGUACUUGUGCUAGUGAGCCAUAACUAUGCCAUAAGGACCUUUCAAUUGUAAAAUAUCAGCCAGCUCAAAUCUGAAAUCAAAUUUAGCUCAUCACAGCUGUCUCACCAUCACAUUCCUCAUCCUUGUAGUGCAGAGAGGAGAGGGCCGGACCAUAUGCUACUGUCACUCGUGUACAGUUGUGGAGCGCACCACAUCUGUUGAAAUGCUAGGAUGAUGCAGCAGAUGAUGUGGCAGGUGGCAGGAUUCAGGAAAAGUUGGCCUGCCUUUCCCCUAUAUUAAGCCUAAAUAUACUGAAUCCUUUUCACUUCAACCACAUUAACUAGAUUAAAUUAUCAUUGGUUGUAGAAAUCCAAGAAAUCCAGUAACAUUAAAGAAUUGCAGAAAUAAUCAUAUCAGCUACUUACAUGCUUAAAUACCAAGAGGUGAGCUUUGAUUUCUCUGUGCCAUCGCUGGCCGCUCCAUGCUCUGACAGUGUGCAACAAAGUGUUCAAGGCACCCACCUCCAUGUCUGAUCACUUUGUUUAAUCUUGGAAAUUGUCCUGUUUGUUACAUUAAAAGCUGCUGCAGCCAUCAGCCAUCAGACUUUUAGUUUUUAAUCACUGCCUCCAUUCUUCACAGGAACAAUAUGUAUACCAUUAUUCAUGAGGGACGGCGUAUGAGACUUACAAAGUGCGCACAUUUUCAAGUUGGUUGUGAUUUAUAAGGGGAGGCGUGUGCGCGCAGUUUUAUAUGUCUGGUUACUUAUAUUUUUGCAUAAGCCAUUUUCGGAUUAUGUGAGCAUGUUAAGUUUUAGUACGGAUCCUAUGCAUUGUUUUAUAAAUGAGGCCCCUUGGUGACUGUGGA